AUGGCGGCUUCGGCACUGCGUCAAACGGCCCAGACGGUGGCUUCGCGCGGACUCAUUGCGGCUCAGCGCACGGCUGUGCCGCGCACUGCUGUGCCUAUGGCACGUUCUGCAGUGCGUAGCAUGUCGAGCAGCGCGCCGGUGCGCUCGGAUGCGCUGUUUGUGCACCGCGAUACCUCGUACAACAACCCCUCCAUUCCUUUCUCCUUCAACGCGGAGAGCCAGAAGGUGGCUGAAGAGAUUGUCAGCCGCUACCCUGACCACUACAAGAAGGCGGCCGUGAUUCCCCUGCUGCACCUUGCGCAGAAGCAGAACGACAACUGGGUCAGCCUGUCGGCGAUGAACUACGUCGCGGACUACCUCGAGAUGCCCGCGAUGCGCGUGUACGAGGUCGCUACCUUCUACACGAUGUUCAACCGUACGCCGGUCGGCAAGCACUUUAUCCAGGUCUGCACCACCACGCCGUGCAAGCUCGGUGGCUGCGGCUCCGACUCGGUGCUCGGCGCGAUCGAGGAGCGCCUCGGUGUGCACGCAGGCGAGACGGACGCGAGCGAGAAGUUCACCGUGGUCGAGGUCGAGUGCCUCGGCGCCUGCGCGAACGCGCCCAUGGUCCAGAUCAACGACGACUACUACGAGGACCUCUCGCCCGAAUCGAUUGUCAAGAUCAUCGACGCCCUGGAGCGUGGCGAGCAGCCCAAGACGGGUCCCCAGACCGACCGCCUGAACUCGGCGCCGGAGGGCGGCGAGCGCACGCUCACCACGAAGCCGUACGGCCCGGGCGAAUACUGCGUCCCUGAGUUUGCCUAG